ACCAGUACGCACUUUACGGCCACCGCGGACCAAAUAUGUCCGUCUUCUUCCUCUCUGCUCCACCUUCGAUAUCCGCUUCCCUCAUAACAUCCCGCUCUACCACAACCGUCACCUCCUCUUCCUCUGUUCAAAUCCUCCCGCUACCACUCUCGCAGCCACCUCCAUCGACAUUAUCUGGUCGAUUAUCUUCAAAUUCUUUGCUUUCAAACCCCCAAACCACUCCAAUCUCAUCGUCAGGAUGUUCUCUUAACUGUCCUCACUUCGACUCGUGUUCAGGCUGUACUCACGAGGAUAAUCUCCAUCGUCCUGUUAUUUUAGAAGAAGCUACUACCUUCUUCAAGAAACUUGGUGUCUCCGAUUUCACUUUUGAUACUUGUAGGCUGUGGGGAUGGAGGUGUCGUGCUAAACUUGCCAUACGGGGUUCAUGGUCUGAUCCUCUGAUUGGUCUCUAUCAAGAGGGCACACACAACGUAGUGGAUAUUCCUGACUGCAAAGCCCAUCAUCCAAGCAUAAAUGCUGCUGUGGAGCUUCUGAGAAAAGGUAUAAAGAUUCUGAACAUUGAUCCUUAUGAUGAAGAUGAACGAACUGGUUAUUUGAGAUAUGUUCAGAUGGCUGUCACUACAUACAACACAUCUCUCCCUGCUUCUGAGAGAUAUAGAAGUGGUAGAGUACAAGUUUCUAUUGUUUGGAACUCACGUAGUGAAACUUCACCAAGUUUUGAAAAGUUGAAUGACUUAGCUACUUUCAUGUGGAGAAAUGGGGGGCCAAACAGCAAAGUUCAUUUAAUUCAUUCUGUUUGGGCAAACUUCCAAACAUCCACCAACAAUGUAAUUUUUGGAAAUAGGUGGAGGCAUCUAUUAGGAGAAAGAGAUUUCUGGGAGCAUGUUGGAGGAAUUGAUGUCUAUUUGGCUCCAUCAAGCUUUGGCCAAGCAAAUACAAGGGCUUUUGAUUCUUUGCUUCAAAAACUACAUAAAUAUGUCCCUCUUGGUGCAUCUGUUACUGACCUAUAUGCUGGAGCUGGAGUCAUUGGAUUGUCACUGGCUUCUGCAAGAAAAUGCAGGAAAGAAGUGUUCAUAUGUUGCUCUGAUUGUUUUGAAGUUUCAUUCAUUUCAUCAACUAAAAUUUUCAAUCUUAACAUUUUCAGAUCAGUUAGAUGUGUGGAGAUCAAUAAGGAAUCCAAGCUGGCUUUUGAGAAGACAAUCGACCGAUUACCAAGCUCCAUUGACAGCAGCAUUAGCUGGCAUCUUGCUGACACUUCAGUUGAACCACUUUCUUGGCUUGUGGGAUCAGAAGUUCUUGUGGUUGACCCUCCUAGAAAGGGACUUGACCCAUCUUUGAUUAGUGCUUUACAGGCGAUUAGAUCAGCAGAACGUAAAGCCAUGACACUUGAAAGUCCAACAUUCAAGGCAAAAGAUGAAAAAAGACCUUGGAUUUUAAGAGCAAGAGAAGAUUCAAUUGAAAUUCCAAGUAGAACCACACAAGAAGAAAGUCGGUCUUUACCUCAAACUCUUAUAUACAUAAGCUGUGGUUGGGAAAGCUUCAAAGAUAAUUGCAUGGCGUUAUUGUCAAGUAAGGCCUGGCAUUUGAGUAAAGCCCAUGGUUUCAAUUUCUUCCCCGGUACCCAGAGCAUUGAAAUUUUGGCUGUAUUUAAACGAGGAGCUGGAGCAAGUGUGAAGAAAAAGAAAUCUGGGAAGAAGAAGAAGAAGAAAAAUAAACCCUCCGUUUCCUUGUAAACAUUAAUUCAUUUCAUUAUCAUUAGAUAUAAACUUAUUAUGUAUGUGUAUGACCGACUAAACAAUGCAUUUUUUUUUUCUAAUGUUUUAUA